GAACCUGACCAGAUCCGCUGCUGCAGCUGGGACCGGGUCGAGGCAGCCCCCCCCGCCAAGGCACUGGACACGCGGAACCAACCUUCCCGGAGAGCGGAGGCGCUAACGUGACACUCUCCCCGCUGCCCAGAGGCACCAGAACUGGAUGCAGUAGCCCAUUAUCAGUCUCACCAAUGCUGGAUUUCACCUCUGAGCAGAGGAACGAGAAAUGCAUAGAAUCCUGUAAGAAACAGUGAACUGAAGAAACCACCUUGAAUCUCAAGGAGCCUAUAAUUCCAAGGAAAUCUUGACUGGUUUAAAAACUGUUCAUAACUGCAGUUAGUUUCUCCCAUUAAACUAGUUGCUUAAGGUAAAUAAAUUAUGGACAUAACUAUAUUUAAGACUCUAAUCUUAAAGGAUCAAAUUUCCUCAGCACAGUCAAUUGAAAAAACAACACAAAAGGAUGCCACCGAGCACGACAGCUUCCGAGGGUGGGGCAAUAAUCGCAGAAUACAAUCACACAUCCGUGUAUUUAGUUGACUCUGUUGCUGCAAAUUUCAGAGCUGAAAGUCCGAGGAAAAUCUUUAGCUCCUCUUUGAGCUGAAAUAAAACAGUGCAAUUAGUCAAACUGAUUUUGGGAGACCCAUGUAGGCUGAGAUGAACAUCUAGGUAAAUCAAAACUGUUAAAACUGAAUGAUCUUUGACUUGUUAAAGAACAUAUACCCCUUACUCUGAAGAAGAAGAAAAAAUAGGAAAAAAGCUCAUAGAAAGCUAAAUUGCGGGAGGAAAAAAAAUCAAAAUCCUCCAAGGUACAGGCAGUGAGAUACUUUAUUACUUUUCAUUGAUCUGUCAAUGCCACUCACGGAAAGUCUGACCAAUCAAGCAAACACAUUAUGGUUAUAGAUAUCUAUACAAUGUUGAAAUUAGUCAAGUUCAAAAGUUCAGCAGCGAGUGGCUGCAGGGACGGCUGCCGCCACACCCCUUUCUGCUGUCAGCAUGUGAGAGGAGUCCAGGCUUGGAAACAAGGCUGAAAUUGACCAUGUGCCAAGAAGGAGAGUUGAGCAAGAAAAACCCACAGUAACAUUCAACCUUAAACCACAAAGGGAAAAAAAGUAAAAAGGGAGAGGGGAGAAGCGGAAGGCGAAGGGGUGGCUGACUGUGCGGCUGGGAGUGUGUGUGUGUGGGGGGGGGGGGGGGGGGAUAUUAGCCGGGACCAGCCUCUGCUAGAGCCAUGGAGAGCCCAGUCCUAUCCUGUGUCCUUUAUCCAGGUGAUGGGAAUAUCAGUGAGGCAAAGACCUGUCCAAAGAGGCUCUGCGGAGAAGCGGAGCAGCAGCUAGGGCCACCGGGAAAAGCUCUGGGGGAAGCGGAGAGCAGCAACGGCGGCCAGCCGCAGCCCGGCUCCGUGGAAGGGAGCGCAGCAGCGGGGGAAGAGGAGCGCGGGGGUGGGGAAAGCGGCGCGCUCCCUUUGCAAGCCCCCUGCGGUUUCAGCUCCUCCUUGUGCUUCAGCUCGCCCGGGGCGGGGGACAAAGCCCCGCAGCAGGAUCCCGGAGCAGCCGCCUCCUGCAGCCGGGUGGUGAAGAGCCAGUGGGAGAUUAACAACGCGGCGUCCGAGUCCGAGGAGGAGGAGGGGGGGGAAGCGGGAGGAGGCGACAUCGCCCGGCCGCCGCCUGGCACUUACUGUCCCCAGGCUGGAGCGCAGCCCAGGAGCCCGCAGCAGCCGGUCUCGGAGGAGCCGGACCUGGUGAUCGAGGUGUCCGGCCGGCGGAUCCGAGCCCACAAGUCGGUGCUGGCGGCCAAGAGCGACUAUUUCCGCGCGCGCUCGUCCCGGGACAUCCUGCGGGUGAAGGGGGUGAGCUACGGGGCGCUGCGCCUGCUCAUCGACUACGUCUACACGGCCCGCAUGGGCGAGGUGCGCCACGACAACCUGGCCGAGGUGGUGAGCGGCGCCCGCGUGCUGCAGAUGCCCUGCGCCCUGCACUGCGCGGCCGAGGCCAUGCGGGCCCAGCUGCGCCUCGACAACUGCUACCAGCUGCUGUGCCUGGCCAAGAAGCAGCGGCUGGCGGAGCUGCGGGAGGCCGCCUACCGCUUCAUGAGCGACCACUACCUGCAGGUGCUGCGGGAGCCCGCCGUCUACGGGCGCCUGAGCGGCGCCGAGCGGGACCUCAUCCUGCAGCGCCGCCUGGAGGCCGGCAAGCGGAGCCUGCUGGUGGCCGAGGUCAGCGACGCCUUCGAGAGGCUGAGCGCGGGCAGCAGGCCGCAGAGCCGGGAGAGCAGCCGGCCGCAGAGCCCCUCCUCCGUGGUGUCGCUGGAGGAGAGCAGCUACCUGAUCUACUGCUACCAGGAGGCGGCCAAGGAGUGGAGGGUGCUGACCCGCCUGCCCGAGGAGGCCAACGCGAAGGGCUGCGCCAUGUGCGUCCUCUACAACUACCUCUUCCUGGCUGGGGGCAUCGCGGCGGCCCCGGGCGAGCAGCGCGCCCGCCUCUCCGACAAGGUCUUCUGCUACAACCCGCUCACCGACACGUGGAGCCAGGUGCGGCCGCUGGGCCAGCCCCGCUCGCAGCUCAAGCUGCUGGCCUUGGACGGCUACCUCUACGCCGUGGGGGGCGAGUGCCUCUUCACGGUGGAAAGGUACGACCCGCGGGCCGACCGCUGGAGCCCGGUGGCCCCGCUGCCCAAGGGCGCCUUCGCCGUGGCGCACGAAGCCACCACCUGCAACGGGGAGAUCUACGUGUCCGGCGGCUCCCUCUUCUACCGCCUGCUCAAGUACGACCCCCGGCGGGACGAGUGGCAGGAGUGCCCCUACAACAGCAGCCGCCGCCGCUCCGCCGACAUGGUGGCCUUCAAGAGCUUCAUCUACCGCUUUGACCUGAGCGGCAGCCGCGGCGAACAGGGGCAGGCCGGCGGGGUCGAGGUCUUCCGCUACAACACCGUGGCCAAGCGCUGGAGCCAGUGCGCCUCCCUGAGGCCCAGCAGCGGCCCCCUGCAGCCCUUCCGCUGCGCCGCCCUGGGCAGCACCAUCUACUGUGUCAACCGGGCCGGCACCCUACGUUUCAACCUGGCCCAGGACGGCGAGGUGGAGGCCGACGGGGGGCUGCCGGGCAGCUUCGAUGCAGAGCUGCUGAAGGCCCCCUUCGAGGCCAAAGGUGUCCUCCUGCCCUUCGUGCUCACCCUGCCAGAGAAGCCAGACAAAGCUGGGGAGCCGGAGAGCCCCGUGGUGUUCUGAGUGGGCCUGGCGUGAGGGCAGCCAGAUCAACUGCGGGAAGGGGCUGUGCUUGGUUUCCGCGUGGUGCCCUGAUCAGCUGGUUUGGGGCCUCUCCACUACUGCACAGCAAACAUCCAGCCAGGGGCCCGCACCAGCUGGCAGGAUUAGAGGGAGCUGGGCUUGCCCCUAGCUCAGCAGCCUGCCCGACAGCCACAGCCCCUGACUAGGGGCACCUUCAGAAGGUAUGCAUGCAUUAGAGGGCUGGGGUGCCCCUCUUGAAAUGUUGAUCUAGGGCCGGUGCUGGUUAUAACCACUCUAAUCUUUACUUUGCUUCAUGCGGGAAGAAUUCACUCCUUGGCGCUGGUGAGCAGCCAAGCAAAUUAAAGAAAAGCUGCUAAAAUAGGAUAAUCUUUGGGAUAAUGUGGGCCAGUUCCCAAUCUGGAGAAGACCUUUUCUCCUGGAGUUAUAUAAAUCCCUGAAAACAGAAGCUUAUAAUGGAAUAUUUAAUAAUAGUGUUGCUCUUGUGUAUAUAUACACAAGAGGGGCUGCUUCUUCUGCCUUUCGUUUUCUUCUCUCCUUUGGAUAUCAGUUGUGAAUACUGCUGGCUACAUAAAGGAAUCCAAUUUACUCAACAGUUCAUAUGUUAGAAAAGUGUAAGGAGAUCAUCUGAAUUGCAUUCUUUCAUUUUUGGUUCAAUAGAUUCUUUAAGGAAGACAUGGCACUGUAGCCCCAAGAAUCCGCAUGAUUUAACAGAGACCAGAUUUAAAGUUUUUAAGCAACACAAAUGCCUGCCACAUGUUCAGAUUUGGAAUACAGAGGAAAAGUCAGUUUACCAUAGCACAGCAGAAUUGUGGCUGAAAGAAAUGAUAAUUUCUGUAAAAGACAAUGCUUUACUUUUUUAUCAGAAGUGUUAAAUCAUAGUAAACAGGAAGCAAAGCUGUUCAGUUCAUGGCAGAUUGAAAUGACUGUGGAUGCCACUGAGUGUUGGGGGAAACAUUUUGUAUUUCACUGCUCUUUAAUUACCUGAAAAUCAAUGAAAAUGAACCUAAACCAAAUGUGAAUUCGUUGAAACUGAUUGCAUUCAGUUUACAUAUUACACUUUAUGUCCAGUAGCCUGUGGUAGGAGACUAUACCAGCAUAGAACAAGGCUAUCAUGGGAGAACAAGAAAAACAAGAGUUUGCUACAGUUUGAUUAUACUUACGUACUAGCAUAAUGUUAAGAUUUCCCUAUCUUUUAAUUGAGAGGCUGAUUUAUUUAUUUGAGGUAAAUGAGUGUUGUAAUUAAUAAUUCACUUGUCAAUUAUAGUUCUUACUGAUGCCAUAUAGUUUCAUUUGGAUUCUGAAUCUUUUGAGAAUAAUUGUUUAGGAAGCAGCAUAUAGAGAGAAGAAAAAUGAUAUAAUGGGAAGUUGAAGCAUACUUUUUAUCAUGUUAUUCAGAAAAAAAGUGUAGACCUUCUGGACAGGCAUGCUGUAUUAAAAAGCGCAUUUGCAUUUAUUUUAUACAUUUUAUAUGUAGACAUCCAAUAGAAGGAUACAGCAAAUCUGUUUAGCUUUACAGUAAUUAAUGAGAAACCAUUUUCUUAAAAUAGACCCAGUGUUUUUGCUGUUGUUAAUUCAGCCUGGAAUUGUCACUUGAUAAUGGAAAAAAAUUGUUUAUGAGUAUUCAUCAUUCUACAAAGACAUAGCAACUUCACAUCAAAGAACUGCAGUAGAAGAAUCUUUGUUUUAUUAAAAUAUCUUAUUUUUAGCAGUGUGCUAACAGUAAAGUUCUUAUAUCUCAUUGCUAAUUCUAAAGAAAGGCAGCAGAUUCUACCAUGAGACAUCAUUUUGACAGACAGAAGCCACAGAGUUUAUCUUUAUGAUUUAUUUGAUCUUUUAUAUAGUUGAUCUGAUUAGAAUACUAUUUAGAAACCAGUGGUGCAAUCAUGAAGCCUUUAGUCAAAUAAUCUCCCCCAGUGAAUUCACUAUAAGUGUUGUCUGAACAAGGACUUUCUGACUGGGCUAUAUACAUUUUAGCCUAGUCAGCAUGCUAGUUGGUUAAAUAGGAUUUAACACUGCCGUUAGAAUUUAUGUUGUGCGUACAUGUAAAAGUUAGAUAUUGAUCUUUUACUUCCUGAUACAUUUAACAGAUUAGUUAAUUCCUCAGCUGGACAAAUACAAUUUUGCAUUUUGCUCCUAAUUAUAUUAUUGCCUUCUAAGUAUCAGAAGAGCUGUGAGGCUAACGAAAAAAUGAUUUGUGUGCAUUAGAAUUAUUUUUCAUAUCAUUGUAGCACAGGUAAUGCUUAUGGUUCUGUAAGUGCAAACCCUUCUGCACGUGCUUAAAGCUAAGCAGCGUGCAAAUAUUGCUGAAACAGAGCCUGAACCAGGAUAAGGACCAAAUGCACAUAUUGAAAUGUCAGUUUUAUCUCAUAGUACAAUUAUACAAAUGUUUAUGUAUUUGAAUACCUUAUCUAGUACAGUAUUUAUACUACAUUUCUAGUGAGGAAGCUAAUCAGGUUUGUAAUUUUUUUCCCCUUUGCAUUUUAAUUUGGUGGUAUUUCAUGAAAAUGCUGCUUGAUUAGUUUUGGGAAACCACUGUGACCUUAAAUGUAUAAAGAUAUUCCACAAACAUCCAGCAAAGGUUUGAAAUUUACCUUUAUCAUAAUUAAGAUAUUUGUUGCUGUCUAUAACUAGAAAACAUGUUUGCAAAUACAUUUUACAACAAAACCAACCAAAAAUAAACAAACAAGAUUAAAUCAAAAGUGCUACAGACACCAUGAAGACAUUUUCGCUAUUUCAUUCAGAUUAAGAAUGAUAGUAUUGGGCCAAAAUGUUCUCUCACUAUUUACCCUGUGAAAGUGAGAGCACAAUCUGGUUUUAAUUAGUAGUAGUCAGUCAAAUAGAAUUUCCUUUAUACCCUAGUUGCAUAAUCACAGCCAGAUGACUGAUUUUUCUGGUAACUUAAAGACAUUUCUAGCUGGUUUCCUAUUCUCUGACCCAUGUUUCCGAAGUAGAUCUGUGAUUUUUCCCCCCAUUAUAUAUUCAGUACUAAAUUCAGUUAUGAAUGUACCAAGUGAAAUGAAAUGCAAGCCUUACUAGCAAAGUUAGCAACAGACGGAGAGCUACUAAGCAAUGACAUGAGAAAGAACCUUAAUUCCUGCAACACAGUUUAUAAAACUCCUGUUUAUACCUUGAAACCAGUUAAAAGGAGUAAUUGUCAAAAGAAUAUCCCUAUUUGCUCAACACAAGAAUUGCUAAACAAUAUGCUAAUCAUAGCUGUUUAAUCAAUAAAUCUGUUGUGCAGUAGCUAAUGUGAAUUCCAUGCACAAUGAAAUCCCUUGUAAAUAAACAGCUGAUAGAAUUUCAACUGCAAAAAGAAUAAAUUAUUCACAUGAAAGCUGUACUUCUCCUGUGCUGUUUGGUUAGGUAUCAAAGUGGUUGCUCUCAGUACCUUUGGUUAUUUAUUGUUCAUGAGUAGCUUAUUGCUUUUCAUGCUUUAACAGCAUUGAUUCCAGUGACUGCUCCACAGAUUCUUUCCAUUUUACAAGCACAGAGCUUAAACUGUGUUGAUUUGCUUUGUGUCUCUGUAGUGACACCUAGCAUUUGUUACUUGAACAAACACCAGAAGUUCUAUAGUGAGUUUUUUCUUUCUUAGUUUCAGUUUUUCUCAAUGACAUUGAUUUUGGUACAGUUAUUAAAGCAUAAGAAAAGAGGAGAAACUCUUACUUAAUAUCCUAUCCGAAAGGUACCAUUAAAGUAACUGUAGUGAGUCAUUUAAUGAAUCUGUCUGUAAGGGAUAAUAUCCUGCCUUUGUUCUGUGCACUGAGCUCACAGUGGAUUGAAAGGCCUUUUAUGUGUGGUGUGAUAGCAGAAUGUAGAUCUAAGUAAUUUCUAAGAAAAGUACCUUUUAAUCUAAGGCUGGGCAGAUCCUGUUGCAUGAUACCCAAAAGUAGGAGGCUAGGGUCGUAUGUACACUUAGAGGGCCAAAUUCUGCUCUCAGUUAAAUCAGUGUAAAUAUAGAAUAAUUCCACUAAUUUACACCAGUACGACUGAGAACAGAAUUUGGCCCACAAACUGUUUGAGUCACAUUCUGCACUCAGAAAUGUCCAAUCCCACUGAUGUCACACCAUUCAUUUUGGCCUAAAAAAAGUGUUGUCGUAGGAGCCGCUAGAGUAAAUUUACCAGAAUUAGGAAUCAGUAUUCUAUUUUGUGUUUUAGAGGCACUCUCAGUUUCACUAGUUACCAGCAUUUAUCCAGCGGAUAGGAGAAAAUGUGAAUUUGUCUUCUGUUCUGUUUGUUUAUUUUGAAUUACCAUAUAUUUAGCCAAAGCAAACAAAAUAAUGGUUGGGGGAGAGCAAUGGGGGAGCCAAAAGUAGUAUUUUAGCCAGUGUAGAAUACAUGGCCAGUCGUCUUAAAAUAGUUUAGUAAACACAUUUUCCUAUUUAUAUUUUUUCCAUAACUGGAGCACAUUUCAAACAAAUACAGUAUUUUUCAGUGAGCUAGUUUAUUUGCUCAUGCUUUGCUCUUAAGCAUUAAUGUUAGUGAUGAAUAAACCCUAGACAAAUUUGUGAAACUAUAAAAUGACCACGUUGAUACAGUCAUUUAUCACAGACUAACGAAUGCAAAUGCUUCAGACACUGUGUACAAUUCAGGUGAAUUACAUUUGUAACUGAUGUAUUUAUUAACCUUUCAGUUUUAAAUAUCUAGGCAAAAAUCACUGUAAAGCUUUUUAUGUAGUCUAAUUUAUGCUGUAAUGGAAUAAAUACAUGCAAACGUAAAAGCUCCCCUUA